UGAACAUUUGUGUAUAUUUCAAAAAAUCGCAAUUUUGUACUGUGAGAAAGAACCUUUUAUUUCAUUUUUCAGAUGACUCAUUCAUUACAAGUGUACAGGAAAUAAAAUCCUGCUUCCAAGGUUUGAUCUUCAUGCAGUAUGGAUGUCAUACUUUCAGAAUUUGUUGCUCAUACAACAGCAGAACCAGGUCUUGCUACUGAUUUAUUAGAAGCUCAUGAUUGGAAUUUGCACUCUGCACUCUCAGCAUAUUAUGUUAUGAAAGGAAUUUUGCCCGGUGAAGUGCCUUCAGAUAAUCAAGUUUCAUCUUCCUGUUCUAAAAGUCAUUCUUCCUGCUCAUCCAGUAAUGUUUCUGAAAAUGGAUUUGUUCAUAGCACCACUAAUUGUGGAACUCCUUCCAAGAAAAAUCCUGAUGGAGAGGAAAAUGGCAAAAAGCUCUACAGAGGGAUAUCACGCACUACUGAUAAUUUUUGCAUGAUUUCUAAAGCUCGGAAAGAAUUAGAUGAAGAUUUUCAAUCUGGUUUCAAUGUUCGACCUACUUCCUUAGAAAUUCCUGAAUAUACUUUUUCAUUGCCAGAUUUUUCUGCAUUUCCUGAAAAUUUGAGAGAAUAUUUAGAACGUGAUUUAAUAGAAACUGCCACUUUAGUGUCUUUAGAGCAAGCUGGGCGCUUAAACUGGUGGCAUUCAAGAAAAAUAAGCAGAAGGUUAUGGCCUCUGUCUACAACUGGUGAUGGCAAUUGUCUUCUUCAUGCAGCUUCUUUAGGAAUGUGGGGAUAUCACGACAGAUUACUAACUUUAAGAAAAGCACUUCACUCUCUGCUAACAAAUAGCUCAUAUACGGAUGCGUUUUAUAGAAGAUGGAGGUGGCAAACAGCUUUGCAAAAUAAAGAGGCUGGUUUAAUACUGUGUGAAGAAGAAUGGGAAAAAGAAUGGAUAAACUUACUAAAACUCUCUUCUUCUGAGCCACGCCAGUCCAGCAUUCAAAAAAAUUCGAAUGAGCAACUUAGUACUUCUAACAAUGGAACGCAGAGUAAUAGCGACUGCCAGUUAGAAAUAUAUGAAAGUUUAGAAGAAUUACAUAUCUUUGUUCUGGCUCAUGUUCUUAAAAGAGCUAUAAUUGUGAUAGCAGACACAGUUCUCAAAGAUGUGACUGGGGAGCCUUUUGCUCCUAUUCCAUUUGGUGGUAUUUAUCUCCCACUAGAAUGUCAACCAUCUGAAUGUCAUCGCUCACCAUUGUGCCUCACUUACGAUUCUGCCCACUUCUCGGCUCUUGUUCCUAUGGAUGAAGAAUGUGAUGAGACAUCAUCUGAACCCAAAGCUGCAAUACCAGUGAUUGAUUCUGACAAUAAGUUGCUGCCCUUGCAAUUUGCUGUAGAUCCUGGACCAGAAGUUAGAUGGAGCCAAGAUGAAAAUGACUCAUGGGUAAUUGCUAGACUGACAUUAACUGACAAAGAGAAGUUGAUUUAUUUGAAUGAAUAUUUGGACAUAAAAAACAUUGAAGUGACCUACGAGCCUCGUGAUGUAAUAGCUAAUCCGGUUGCAGAAAUGAAUGGGCAUUUGGCAGCUGCAAAAUGCUAUGAUCCCUACGAUUCUGAUGAUAGUUUACCCGAUGGGGGGAUAUCGUGUACUGGUGGGAAGAAUGGCAAAAGUAAAGCAGCUCGUCAGCUACAGACUGUUGCAAAGCAAUUUGGUAGUAUUGGUAGAAGUAUGAGCAAAAAGCUAAAGCAUAUUGGAAACAUUGCUCGGAGGGGAGGAUCAUUUAAAGGUGAAUCCACAACUUUCAAGCAUACAUCUGAAUCAUUAAAAAAUAAAAGAACUCUAAGCGGGCUUCCAAUUUUAACUAGAACUUCCACUGUAGAUGCUUGCUUGAACCCAAGACAAAUAGUAGUUGCAGUUUUGAACACUGAAAAAAAGCAUGAAUAUCAAAAAGAGUUGAUCCAGAAUUAUAUAAGUUCUGCAAUUAGCCAAUUUGAAAAUGACAAAAUGUUAAAAAGUCAUACAUUUAACAAUGGAAAGCCUUUGGCACUGCGGUGCAUCAAUCCUGGUUGUUCGAUGUAUAGUUCUCCUUCUACAAGUUAUUUGUGCUCAUCUUGUUACACGAAACAGAAACAACGGGAGUAUGAAUUUGUUGGUCAGAAACAAAUGCAUAAGAACAACAUUGUUGAGAAUGCUGUGAUAGUGUCUGGGAAAUCUUCUUUUUACACAGAAACUGAUGAAGCUAUGAAAAAAUCAGUUGAAAAAGUACCUCUUGGGAACCGCUUAACUUAUGGAAUUUCAGAUUGUAAGAAUUCUACAUUUUAUGAUAAAUAUCUAUGUGAUAAUACUCCAGUUUAUCCACCAUUACUUCCUAAUUGCAAAAAUAAAUCUCUCUGUAUUGAUUCACAUUCUUCCCUUAAAACUAUUGAAGAAUCUGCCUCAUUUUGAAAAGUAACUGGAAUUUUUCUUCCAGUUCUUUUGGUUGCAAAAACAUUCAAUAAAUAUAAAAUUUAUCUUAUUAUUAAAUUCAUUUUUUAAAAAGCUUUUAUGCCUUUUUGGAUGAUCAAAAAAACUUAUACUUAUGAAAACAUAUACUUAUAAUUGAAACAAAAUUGAACUAGCUGAUUUCGAUGUUUUGAAUUUUUACAACAAAUAAAUUUAAUCUCCUUUUGUAUAGGUCUGAGUUCAUCAUUUUUCAAGUGCUUCAUUGAUGCUGGAAAUUCAUUUUCCUCCAUCCUCCUUCUCUUUUUUUUUUUUUUUUAAUAUCUUAUCACCUUGCAUUUAUAACAUUUCGAAUUCAAGGAAUUUUUCUUCCAUGUAAGAUUUUGUUUACUUUCAUUAAUCUUUACUUUUACUACGUUAGUUUUAAACUUAUCCUUAUGUAAAGUGUUUAUUACAUUAUUCAUGUAAAAAAUACAUUGCUAAAAUUAUAUGUAAUGAUAAACUUAAACUUAGGUGUAUGUAUAAGCAUCUAAUUAACAAUGCAAUAAUUUAAAAUAAAGUUUUGCACUUACAAAGACAGCUUCAGAAUAUUACUGCUUACUAAUUAAUUCUGAUAUACAUUGGUUGCUAUUUUCUUUUCAAAAUCUCCUUGUGCCUUUACACAGUAAAAUAUUUUACUAUUUUUUCUUUAUUGCUUGGAAAUGAGAAGCAAGAACUUAUGCAUACUUGUAUUGCUAUAAAUGAUCUGAAAUGUCACCUUUAGAAUUGUGAAAUGUUUUUCAUGUAUAUAUCAAAUUUAUAUUGACAUAACUGUUUCUAUUGUUCUUUUUUUAACAUAAGAAUAACCAUAUACUACAACUUAUUUUCACAUAAAACAUCAACUGUUUUAAUAGUUAUUAGAAUUAUUUUUUCCUUUGUGGGACCCCUUCCCACAAAGGUUUAGGGGAGAUAAAUAUGCUAGAGGGGAUAGAUAUGUUUAACGGAAUGAAAAACAUGUGAUAUAAUUGCUUGUUGUAUUUGUUCAUUUUAUGGUACUAAUGUGUGAUUUGAUCAAAAUAUAUAUUUCUAUGUAAACUGUUUGUGAAUUAUUAUUUUUACUAUUAUGAUUCAAUUUAUUUUAUUUAUUAUUAUCUUUUUGUUGCUGUUUGAAAAUUUUGAUUUAUUUAUCGUUGAAUUCUGCAAAGUGUAAAGAAAUUAUUAUCAUGUUUCACUUUAUGUACAUGUGUAUUAAAUGCAAAUUAUUGUUAUUCAUACUAAUGAACACUAUGUAAAUGCAAAUAACUAAAAGAAUAUGAAAAACAAUUCAUAUCUAUAUCAAAAGUUGUGUUUAACUUGAAAUUUAUGAGAUUUUUAGAAUGUUUUAUCGUUUUGUGUUAUUAUCUCUUAAAUUUACAUGUGUAUGUUAUUGUAUACAUUUCUACUUUCAGCAUUUAUAUAAAAAUGUUAAAGUUUUUUGCAAAGUACCAUGACUUUUUUUUUAAAGAAUCAUUAUUAUAGUUGUUAUCAUUUUGUUUAUUUUUGUUUUUUGCAAAUGAUUUUUGUGAAAUAACUUCAUUUUUUGAAAUUUUAAAUAAGGUUUUAUUUUUAUUUUCUAGUUAGUACAGUAGGUUCUUUUCACAUAGAGCAAAAUGCAGGGUUCGAAAAUAGUUUCCAGCUUAAAAACCAGCUCUUUUUUCCAAGCUCUAUAUUUUGUAUCAACGUGAGAACAUUGGAAAAAGUAAUUGACAUGGUGCUAUUAAACGAAAGUUACAAGGAGUUAUUUUCUAGACUAUCUUCUUUAGUCUCAGCAGUUUGCUUAUGCAGACCAAAGACAUUCCAUAAAAGUUUGAUUUGAUUAAACUUUUUUUUGGCUUGUGUUGAUGCCUUAUGGAUGCCUUGAAAUUAAUCAGAUUUAAAAAGUACCUUUCUCUGAGAAAGAUCUGUUCUUUAUUCUAUAUUUGUCUUCCAUUGCCCUAUUGUUUCCAUGAAAUUUUGAUUCUGAAAUGAAAAUAUUUUAUAGCUUUAUUUAUUGAGUAAGUUUUUUUUCAAUAGCAUUAGAAUUUUUUUAAAACCAUUUUCUGAUUACCAAAAAUUAAAAUCAAAAAUUUAAAAAAAUCGAUGCCAGAAAAGUGUACUUUCAAUGUAUUUUGACUUUUCUUAUAUUUUUAGGACUUUCUCCAGAAAAAUGAACUAAAAUGUAAUAUGCAAUAUUCCAUUUUAUUGUAUGUACAUAUUACUUUGCUGUUCAUUUUUAAAUUUGUGUGCCGUAGGCGUAGGACACAUUAACAAUUUGGAAUCACAUUUAUUGCAGAGCUGGAAAUAGCUCCUUCAUGCGGUUAAAAGCUUUCUGCAAGAGUUUGAAAGCUUAAAAAAAAAAAAAAAAAAAAUCACAUUUUGUAUGCUGUGAAGCAGUUUAUUUUUGAAUGUAAAUUCUAUGUUGUUAGAGCACAAAAACUGCAAAAUUGCUGCUUACGCCCUUUUUUUUUUGCCAAUGAAUAAUUCUUUUUUCAAUACAGAAAAAGUCUUCAGAUUACCAUGAUAGUCACCAAACAGAAUGUUUGUUCUUUUACAUUGCAGAAGUUUAUUUUUAUACAUUCAUUGUUUUUAACAGAAAACUCAAUUUUUUUUUUAAAUGUGCUCAGCAAGGGUGUGCCCCCGCCCCUUCCAAGAGUGAUGAUGCAUCCCCUCAAAGAACUCCCUCCCACACCAAAAAAGAGAGAAAUAUCUCCCCCCCCCCCUAAAAAUUUCGACGGCACAGUCUGCUGCAUGCCUCCCCCCCCCCAUCCACGGACAUGCCCCCAUGCGUUCUGUAUCUAAAUGGAAAGCUUUCAUCCUUUCCAACACCUCCAAUGAUCCCCCCCCCCCAUGGCCGGUCUAUAAGGUCACAAAAGAAAGGAAAAUAUGUGAAUAAAAAACUUUCCAGCUGAUUCUUUGUUAUUAUGUUUCUAAUUCUGAAGAGGUGUUCGUAUUUUUUCACCAUAUUUCAAUAAUGCCUUUAAGUAUGUGGAAUGAAAAUGCGAAUAAUGUAACACAAAAUAAAAUUCAUGUUAUUUUUCUCACUUUAGAAAUCUGAUGGUUUUAUAUGAAAUGAAAACCAUUUCAUUAAACUUGUUUUCAUGAUGAUCGAGAUGCUGAGUUAAUCCAAAAUUCAUUCUCUUGCAAUAUCAUGCAGUGGCAACUUUUUCAAGCAUGAUUUCUUUCAGGUUUUAGCAAAUCUUUCCUUUGUACUUGUAUUGACUGUUGUCCAGAAUAAUUGCCAGUUCUGGAUGAUUUUACAGCCAUUUUGAAAUGCUUUGUACCAUUCAUUUUUCCUGCUUUUUGAUAGCUCAACAUUUUCUACAAAGCUUUCUAUACUUACUUCGUGCAUGCACACAAAAGUUUUCUUCUUUAUAGAAAUGCUCUUUAAUUAAUUCUUUGUCCUUCUAAAAAUCAACGUAAAUGAGAAACUUAUUCACUAAGUUCUGUUUAAGAACUCACAUCACUAAUGACCCAAAAUUUGACAGUUAUAGUGUUGGAACAUACAAAACAAAAAAAUUUAAACUGUUGCAUUUUAUAAUCUGUUCGACUUACUUAUUCAUGAUAUUUUGGAAUCAUAAAAAUAUUAGAAAAUUAUUUUAUAGGUUUUCAUUUAUUUCACUAAAUGUUAGAUUUAAAAUGUGUUGUUAGUAUAAUUUUUGUUAAACUUUAGUAAUAUAAACUGCUAUAUUAAAAUCAGGAUCCGAUUAAUAAGUGAUGGGCCCUAGGCCUGUGAAAAUUUUGGAGACAUAUACUAGACAAUAAACUAUUUAAAAAGUAAAAGAAGGAAGAAAUAUUUAAGAUAAACCUUUUUUAAACCUUAAAUUGCUAAAAUUGAUUCAUAAUUAAAAUAUAAAUUUUGAUAGAUUUUUAAUGAAUAAAGGUUGGGGGGAGGGGCAAAACACAGGAGCCCCUAUGCUUGGGCCUAGUGGACCAGUAUGGUUAUAGAUCCCUGAUUACGAAGUUUCCAAACUUUCAUUUUGUUUACACCAUGAUGGAAAUAUUAAAUUUUGAUUUAUCCUUAACUUGUGUAAUUUAUACUUUCUACUCCUGCAGUCUAUUUUGUCAAUUUAUUAGAUGUUCAAAUUUUUGUUUAAACUUUUGCAUAUAUAGCAUAUAAAAUAAUAUUUUCUCCAAAGCUUGUUUAUCUGCAUUGAAGUUUAAAAUAUAUAUAUUUCAAAUUAUCAAAGUACAUAUCUAAUGUUAUUCAUGACUUUAAUGAUAAAUUUUGAAAAUAAAAAUAAA